AUGGAUUCUUGCUGUUUGGCCUUGAAAGCCAAUACUCAUGUGGCAAAAGCUAGCAAAGGCGGUCUCAACAAUGGAGAUAAAGAGUUUUUGGGUGAAAGGAUCAGAGGGAGUUUCAAUAACAAUGUUUGGGUCAAUCAGUUGGCCAAAAGCUUGAAAGUUGACAGGAGUGUCAAUAAGUUCAAGCCCGGGGUUGCUUUUUCUGUUUUGACAUCAAGUAAUGGCAGAGAGACUUUGACCUUACAACCACCGCGACUCGAAAGAAGAAAAGCAGACCCAAAAAAUGUAGCAUCAGUCAUAUUAGGAGGAGGUGCAGGGACUCAUCUGUUUCCCCUUACCAGAAGGGCAGCAACACCAGCUGUACCAGUUGGAGGGUGCUAUAAGCUUAUAGACAUUCCAAUGAGCAACAGCAUCAAUAGUGGAAUAAACAAGAUUUUUGUGUUGACCCAGUUCAAUUCAGCUUCCCUGAACCGGCACCUUGCGCGCACAUAUUUCGGAAAUGGUAUCAACUUUGGGGACGGAUUUGUGGAGGUUUUAGCAGCAACUCAAACACCUGGAGAAGCAGGAAUGAAGUGGUUCCAAGGAACAGCUGAUGCUGUGAGGCAAUUUACAUGGGUUUUUGAGGAUGCUAAGAACAGGAACAUUGAGAAUGUACUUAUCUUGUCCGGAGAUCAUCUUUACCGCAUGGAUUAUAUAGACUUCUUGCAACAUCAUAUUGAUAGUAAUGCGGAUAUUACACUUUCAUGCGCUGCUGUGGGCGAAAGCCGUGCAUCAGAUUAUGGACUGGUGAAAAUAGACAGCAGGGGCCAAAUUUUCCAAUUUGCUGAAAAACCGAAGGGUUCUAAAUUGAGGGAAAUGCAAGUAGAUACAACUCGUCUAGGGUUUUCUCUGCAAGAUGCCACGAAAUCUUCGUAUAUUGCAUCAAUGGGGGUCUACGUGUUUAAAACUGAUAUUUUAUUGAAGCUCCUGAGGUGGAGGUAUCCCACAGCAAAUGAUUUUGGAUCUGAGAUCAUUCCUGCAGCUAUAAUGGAGCACAAUGUCCAAGCAUAUAUUUUCAGAGACUACUGGGAGGAUAUAGGAACAAUAAAGUCAUUCUAUGAAGCUAACUUGGCCCUCGCUGAGGAGCCUGCGAAGUUUGAGUUUUAUGACCCAAAGACACCCUUCUACACGUCUCCACGAUUCUUGCCACCGACCAAAAUUGACAAAUGCAGGAUUGUAGAUGCAAUAAUCUCCCAUGGAUGUUUCUUGAGAGAAUGCUCAGUCCAACACUCUGUGGUUGGCGAACGCUCACGUUUAGAUUAUGGCGUUGAGUUAAAGGAUACCGUGAUGCUGGGGGCAGACUCCUACCAAACCGAAGUUGAAAUUGCCUCUCUUCUGGCAGAGGGUAACGUCCCAAUUGGUGUAGGAAGGAACACAAAAAUCAGGAACUGCAUAAUUGACAAGAACGCGAAGAUAGGGAAAGAUGUGAUCAUCAUGAACAAAGAUGGUGUGCAAGAAGCUGAUAGGGAGGGAGAAGGAUUCUACAUCCGGUCUGGAAUCACCAUUGUAUUAGAGAAGGCAACAAUAGAGGAUGGCACAGUUAUAUAA